CCUCAGUGGCCACCGCAGCCGGCAACCGAGCUUCUCCAGAGCAAGAGCUUGAGGAGGGCGGAGCCGGAGGCCGGGAGGCUAGAGCCAGAGAGCACCGCGUGGGAGGACUGCGCAGGGCCAGGCGCGCGUGCGGGCGGUGCACGGCGGUGCAGGGAGAGGUGCUGGGGGUUGCAAGGCUGUGCAGAGCCCGGGCGGGUGCAGGAGGGCAGCAAGGGGCAGGACAGGGCGCAGGACGUUGCACUGGGCGUUGCAUUGGGCGUUGCACUGGAGGUGCAGGUCUCUGGACAUUGCACUGGGGGUGCAGUGCUCUGGGCGGUGCACGGGGCGGUGCGGGGCGCAGGGCAGCUGACAGCGUCAUCAGGCGGGAGCAACGCGCGCUCCGCCUCGGCAGCCACCGCAUCGCGCUGCGCGCAGCGGGUCCCGGAGCUGCGCCUGGAGACCUGCCGCUCUGAGCCGGCUCUCCCCAGGUAUCUCCUGGUCAGUAGCUGGAGUUCUGAAGCAACAUGCCGGAACAGAGCAAUGACUACCGGGUGGCCGUGUUUGGGGCAGGUGGCGUUGGCAAGAGCUCCCUGGUUUUGAGGUUUGUGAAAGGGACCUUCAGGGAGAGCUACAUCCCAACUGUGGAAGACACCUACCGGCAGGUGAUCAGCUGUGACAAGAGCAUCUGUACGCUGCAGAUCACCGACACGACCGGGAGCCACCAGUUCCCGGCCAUGCAGCGGCUGUCCAUUUCCAAGGGCCACGCCUUCAUCCUGGUCUACUCCAUUACCAGCCGGCAGUCCCUGGAGGAACUCAAGCCCAUCUAUGAGCAGAUCUGCGAGAUCAAGGGGGAUGUGGAGAGCAUCCCCAUCAUGCUGGUGGGGAACAAGUGUGACGAGAGCCCCAACCGCGAGGUCCAGAGCAGCGAGGCGGAGGCCCUGGCACGCACGUGGAAGUGCGCCUUCAUGGAGACGUCGGCCAAGCUCAACCACAACGUCAAGGAACUCUUUCAGGAGCUACUGAACCUGGAGAAGCGCAGGACCGUGAGCCUCCAGAUCGACGGCAAGAAGAGCAAGCAGCAGAAGAGGAAGGAGAAGCUCAAGGGCAAGUGUGUGGUCAUGUGAGAGGCCUUUGUGCAGAAAGAGCUGCUGCUGCCCUCAGGGCCUCUCUCUCUUCCUCCCCUCUGUGAACCCCACUGUCGUCAGGGCAGCAUGUCCGAUGCCCGUGUGUUAAACAUUGCAUUUGGCUGCGACACACCCUGCAAAUGUCCUUAAGAGGCAUUCCACACGCCCCACUAGCCCACCCCUCAGGAGACGCAGAAUCUGGGAUGCUCUUAGCAUCCCCAGAAACGGAGGCCAGUCCUGAAUGGGCUUUAGCCAUUGGAAGAUGAGGGGACUCAGAGCUGUGGACCCGGGAGAAACUGAGGGUACUGUGUAAUGCAUGUGCGUGUGACAUAGCUACUGGUACCACCCCACAUCAGGCAACUUAGUUCAGAAGCCACUAACAUCUUUGGGGGGGGGGGAGCCGGCAGUCGAAGGAAGUGAGAAACCAAUGGGUCCAACACAAACCCGUGGACCCCAGCGGUUCCCAUGAGUGGAUUUUUAGUGGGAUUAAAGAUAAAAUACCACAGUCCCCAUCUAAGCGAUGCUCAUGCCAUUCCUACUGACACACACUGAGGGGGUUGGCCCCCUCAUUCCUCAAAGCCUUCUUAGCAAGUACCGUGUCAGCCUGUUAGGAGUAUACACUUCACCUGUAAUGCCAAGGCCACUUGUGGCACGAUGCUGUGUCAGCACUUCUUCGGUUUCUGAGUCGGGACAUUGUGACAUGUAAACAUCGCAAUAACGCCCGUGUGUGUGUGUGUGUGUGUGUGUGUGUGUGUGUGUGUGUGC